AUUGAGAACAUCUCCUUACCUAACUGACCUACACAUUCAACCUGAUAGGUCCCCGGAUUGUUUUAUAGCUAUUAUCUCCUAACUCGCACACCUUAUCUUCUCUGCCGCCGCUAGUGACGCAGCCGAGAACGGUCAUGAGCAACGAGCAUACUUAAGUCGUCGGCCUCAAACCCGAGAUAUCUCCUGUCUCAAGCUUUCUCGUCCGAUUUUCUCAACUAGGUUGCUACAAUUCUGGUUUAGCCUAGUUGGCUCAAAAUUAGCUUCAUCGUCGUAGAAUAAAACACAGCCGAGAACGGUAUAAAUGGACAAACACCCUGUCAUAUAUAUUAGGUAUAUAUAACUAGAUGUUCGGCUUAUUCUUCUGAACCCAAUGCUUCCGAUAUAGAAUUGCGAAGUGAAUUUGACGUCGGCUUCGAUUCAAACUCCUUGUAUAUAAUAGCAACAUUGAAGAUACAGUAGUCUGUACGAUGCUUGGCCAGGAGGAUGAUCAGGUAUAUGAGCAAACCAGCCAGGGCUACAAGAGCUUAUGGGGGUUGAGCAGCGGUUGCGCUUCUACGGCCAAUGCCUACUGGGGUAAGCUCUCUUCCCAGGACCACGUCAAAGAAUCUAUCUAUGCUGGCACACUCGCGCUUGUGUUAUUAUCUACGAUCUUGGUGUAUAUAAUUCGGAGACAGAGAUCCAAGCAAAGCACGCGCCCGUCUACGCCAACUACACCAGGACUUGAGAAGGCGGCAUCGAAGAGAAGCAAUGCUCAAAGCCGCGAAUUGGGUAAAUGGAUCCCAUCGGACUUCCGCAUGCCGAAGCCAGACCCAUAUCCAGAUUGGUCAGUCGAGAACACGAAACCGCUCCCGUACAGGCCGUUUCGGUACGGCCCCAAAUACAACGUAACUAUGGGACUCCGAUCGCUUAAACAUGUUGAUUGGAUUGAGCUUGAUAAUCACUUCCCACGGUACCACGCGGAUAAGGCACGGCGUAUCAAGGAGCGUGGCCACAAGUGCUGCAGGACAGCGCCUGAGGCGUAUCCUGCCGCGAUAGAACUUCUUGAAGAUCUAGUUGACUACCUGCCAGCGCGAUACCCGUCGCUGUACAAGCGGACGGAUGUCGGGAUUGAUAACCUCUGGUCUGGCGAAAGCUUUGAUAUCACAGCGCGGCCAUUAGCAGAGGACCCGAUGCAAAUAUCAGCUCGGCUUGUACAAGACGACCUAGCAAUCAUGAUCGAGAAGCCCGAUGGCCAGUACUAUCUUCUAGCAGGGGCAGUCUUACUGGCAGGAUUCUGGCGACUGGAAGAUAAGUACGGUAUGGCGCUGCCGGAGAUCCACACGUCCGGGGACGUACCGCAGUACCGAGAGAAGCUUGAGAAGGGCAUGUUAAACUUCUUCCGACGACUGCGACCGGAGGAGAUGGUGGCGCGUAACAACUACUUCUUGCAAGUGGACGACGAUCUGGGAUGGUCUUGGAGCAUCGGAUCAGAAGACGCGCCGGAGGUGAGUUGGAACACGGCGGAGAAGAACCGCGCUAUUGAGCACCAUUACUUCCGUUCUGAGAGGCAGUCGCUGCGACGGCUGCCGCGGUCAGGGGGCGUGGUAUUCACAAUCCGAACAUACUUCCACCCGAUCACGGAAAUCGCCGAGGAGGAUUACGUACCAGGGCGGUUGGCAAGCGCGAUAAGGAGCUGGGGGGAUGAUGUGAGCCGGUAUAAGGGGAAGGAAAGGUAUGGAGAAGUACUACUAGAGUACCUAGACAAGAAGCAUGAGGAGCAGGUGGCGAGGGGCUUGGACCUCAGUCGCGAAGAUGAAGUUCGAGCGUAUCCAUACUAAGGAUUGAGUACCGUACGGGGGCCUUGAUCUUAUUCAGUUGAUUAGGAGUAGUCAUAAGUCAUAUUGAUACUUCCAAGUCGGG